AUGGAAACCAUGCAACACCUCAUGACAGGCUGCUGCUUCUCCCAGCAGGUCUGGCUCGAGGUUCUUGCCUGGUUGCGCGCCACCUUCUACCGCCUGGCAGCCUUUUCAGCUGAUAAGGGUUUCUUUGGAAUGCUGAAGAGGAAACCAGUGGAGACAAGUGCCUGGGCACUGCGCUUGCGUUGGGCAUGGUUCAAUUGGGACAAUCAAGAUAGGCCUCGGAAGGGGAUGCAAAUUCCAUGUCAUGAAACUGACAGAAGUCCUUUUGCUGCCUGCUCCUCGAAUGCUCUUGGAAAUGGAGAAAAGGCUGCAUCAGAUAAAUGGCUCAAUGGUGAAUCACCUCAGUCCUUGGCACCAGAUUUAUUCAGAUUGACAUUCAGGAAAAAGCACACGGUGAAAACAGCUUUUCAGAAUGGAACCUGGAUGCGUCUGCUGCAGCAGAAGACUAAUGGGAAUGAGCUUGAACAGUUCAUUAGCUUAAGGGAGAAGAUUCAGGGGGUUCGGCUAAGAAGCUCGACUGAUUUGGUGACCUGGUAG